AUAGAUCAAGUAGUUGAUCCGUCUAUGUUGUGCCCAUAUUGUGAUGAACCACUUCCAUGUAAUCCAACGUCACAACUGAAUGAUCUCUUGGCCACUGCGAAGAAGCAAUCUUACGGAGACCCGCGUCCUCAAAAUCCUUUUGGACUUAAGGCUCCUCUAGCAAUUUAUAUCUCAGCCUGUCAGCGGCAUCACUUCGAAACGCAUUGGUUGCCUGAGGCUCUGGAGAAGGGAUGGCCGCAAAGCAUUGACUUCAAGGAGGUGCCCAAGAGAGUCAAGAGCAUGAAGAGUGCGCUUGAAGAUUUAAUCACCGAUGCUGACGGCUGCAGUGAUAAUGAGAGUUCGGUAUAUGAUGAUACCCGGAGUCCCCGAGCCCGAUGUAUCUUCUGGAGAGAACUCAAGAAGGACAUCCAGAGACAAGGUAGUCGAACUACCACCGGUAUGAAGGGCCAGUUUUCCACCUUCGAGAAGACUCAACCUGGAUACUAUGGUGAACUUGGCUUAUCGAUCAUACACCAAACGCUUUACAAUCUAUUUCCAUUUUCAUCAUUUGAUACUUCUUUGAUAGCUCCUCUCUCACCUGCGGAGUUUGUUCAAUUUGUAUUGAUUCCCGAAGUUGCAGUACGGCUCAUCAUGCAAGACCUUCAUCUUGACAGGGACGAAGCAAUCAUGACGCUACGUGAAAGUUCGCAGUAUGGUGUUAGCAUGUUCCCUGAUGUUGGCUCUGGU